AUGUCUGAGGGAGCGUACCAACGCCUCUGGGACACCUCCCACGUGGCCCUGCAGGAGCUGCUGGACCAAGAGCAGCCCCUGCUCCAGCCCGUGCCGGACCGGGAACGGCAGUCGUUCCAGUACAGGCUCUCGUCGCUCUACCUGCACUACCUGGGGCUGCUGCGCCGGUUCGACACCCUCCAUGACCAGAUGGUGCAGCCGCAGAAGCGGCGGCUGCUGCGGCGCCUGUUGGACAGCGUGGCCGGCCGCGUGCUGGAGCUCAAGGACGACCUGGUGCGCGCGGACCUGAGCGAAUACCACCGCCUGGACCGCGUGCUGCACGACCUGAAGUUCACCACGGCAGACCUGGAGGUUCCAAUCCCCAGAUACUUCCUGCUGGAGCAGUCCAGCAUUCUGAAGGAGCGGGAGCUGAUGCUGGCAGAGAUCCUGUCGAGAAUGGAGCCAGUGACCUCCAGGGAGCGUUUUCCAGAACUGCGCCGGACCGAGGCCAUAACCCUUCUGCAAAGGGCUGAGCGGGCCAGGCAAGGCCGGCUCCGAGCCAUCUUCAUGCGAGAAAUUCGGAAAGAGGAGGAGCGGGAUCGGAAGAUUCGAGAGGAAGGUUGGCACAAGUUCAGUCAGGACCAAGCAGCCGUCACCAUUCAGAAGGUGUGGAAGGGUUACCUGCAGAGGAAACGCACUCAGCAGGACCGGCGAACUGAGAUGGAGUUCAUCGGCAUGCUCCCUUCGCCUAACAAGGUGGAAAGCUUGGGUAUCAUGUUCCAGGCUGGCCUCAGGGACGAUGUCCGGAGGCUCUGCCAGAUAGAGAAGGAGGAGGAGCUCCAGCUGGCGAUGGUGAAGACUCAUGACUCUCUCAGAGAGACAGAGGGGCCUGACAUAAAGGAGAAACUGAAGGAGCAAAUCCGACAGUGGUUUAUUGAGUGCCGUGCCCUUACUGGUCGAUUCCCUGAUUAUCCAGAUGAGUCUUUAGGUGGAUCCUACCUGAUCUUUGCAGACAAGACUCCAGAACAGCUGAAAAUGCAACUGGAGGCGCAGGUCCAGGAGAGCAAAAAAAAGGACCAAGAGAAAAAUAAGGAAAAAGAAAAGGAGAAAAAAGAGAGGAAGAAGAAAGGGAAGGAAACAAAGACCAGGAAGGGGGAAGCAGACGCAAUACUGAAAGUCUCACCAUCCAAAUUUAUACCUGUGAUUAAUGCCGCACACGAGGAGUAUAUAACUGUCUGGAGGAGCCGGCGUGAGAGCGUAUACCCCAAUCAGAGUUUUGACCCCGAGAUGCUCCGGGUGGAGAAGAGGAAGGAAGUGGAGCAGGAGAUCCGGAUACAGGUGGAUGAGUUGAUGCGUCAAGAGUUGAAGAACCUGCGCCUGGCUGUGGACAGGGAGGAGGAGAGAGCCUUGAAGGCUCCGAAGAAAAAGACCGGGAAGAAAACUGGGAAGAAGAAGGAAAAAGAUCUGACCCCAAACAGGACCCUGGACUCUCUGUUUGAAGAGCUUGUGGUCUCUGGCUUCCUAAGGAAGAGUCAGACUGUGGCCUUGAAAGACUACAUUGGGGACUACCUCUAUCUUGGAUCCACGCUGAGUUUGGCAAACAAGUUGCCUAUGCCUUCCCUGUUUGACAUACGACAGAACGUGGCCUUGUACGCGGUCCUUCGGCUUGGCUCCCCAGAUAUACACUCCAUGGCUCCUCUCAUCCGUUCCAUCCUCCUGGUGGGCCCCUCUGGCACAGGGAAGAAGAUGUUGGUCAAGGCCGUGUGCACAGAAACCGGUGCCAACCUGUUUGACCUGUCACCUGACAACCUGCAGGGCAAAUAUCCUGGCAAGACCGGGGCGCAGAUGAUAGUGCAUAUGAUCUUUAAGGUGGCUCAACUCUUACAGCCCUCUGUUAUCUGGAUCGGGAAUGCCGAGAAGAACUUCUAUAAGAAGGUCCCAAAAGGAGAGAAGGAGAUGGAACCGAAGCGAAUAAAGAAGGAUCUCGCCAAGGCCCUGCGACUGCUGCACCCGGGAGACCGUGUGAUGCUGAUCGGGACCACCAACCAGCCGCAGCUGGCGGAGAUGCAGGGGCUGUGCCGGACCUACGAACGGAUCCUCCUCGUGCCGCGGCCCGAUUAUGCUUCUCGCUACGUGCUCUGGAGGCAGAUGAUAGAGGCCCACAGAGUCCACGUGACCCAGGGCCUGGACAUCAGUGCCCUGGCCAAGGUAUCUGAUGGGUACACACCCGGCCACAUUCACCAAGCCGUCCAGUCAGUGCUGACCGAGCGGCGGGUCCUACAGUUGUCAAAGAGGCCCCUGGUGGCCUCGGAGUUCCUGGGGCAUCUGGCGAAGCUGGAGCCGGUGUACCGGGAAGAGGAGGAGUCCCUGAAGGAUUGGUACUUCAAGACCCCACUGGGCAAGAAGAGGCUAAAACUCAGCAAGGACCAGGAUGCUGAGGAGGCCAAGCUGGCAAAGGAGAAGAAAAGGAAGUGA